CCAGGCUGUCUUUUAGUUUUAGUUAAUUUCCGGAAAAUGUACUAGCUGCCACUGCCUCACCUUUAUUCUGGGUUUGUAAAGGUCUUGAGACCUUGAGUUUAUAAAAAAAUGAGUGAAAUGAAGCCAAACCAUUCAGCUCCAACUGAAGACAGCGGAGAGGAGAAAGACUGGGCUGCGGCUAAAGCUUUUUUUGACAACCUCAAAACAAACAAACCGAGACCUCCCAAACCCCAGUAUGCUGUCACUAUCGCCGUCUCCUCUCGCACCCUCUUCAACAUGGUGGCAGAGAGGAAGAUCUAUGAGGAAGAAGGAGUAGAGAAGUACGUGACCUAUCAGCUGGAGCAUGAAAGUGAGCCUCUGAAGCCAGGAGCUGCUUUCCCCUUCGUCAAGGCGCUGAUGAAUGUCAACUCUCGACUGAGGAAGCUCUACCCAGACAGCGAGGAGCUGUUUGACAUCGUCUUAAUGACUAACAACCAUGCCCAAGUUGGAGUGCGCCUCAUAAACAGCAUUAAUCACUACGAUUUGACCAUAGAGAGAUUCUGUAUGACAGGAGGGAAAAGUCCUACAGGCUACCUAAAGGCCUACAUGACAAACCUUUACCUCUCCAAGGACUCAGAGAAAGUCACAGAGGCCAUAGAGGAAGGCAUCGCUGCAGCCACAAUGUUUAUGCCGCAAACGGAGACUCAGCUGAGCGACACUCAGCUGAGAGUGGCGUUUGAUGGCGACGCCGUCCUCUUCUCAGACGAGUCGGAAAUCAUUGUGAAGGAACAUGGCCUGGACUCUUUCUUUAAGCACGAGAAGGAGUUUGAGAACAAACCUCUCGCUCAGGGUCCCUUAAAGUGUUUCCUGGAGGCUCUGGGGAAGCUCCAGAGAAAAUUCUACGCCAAGAACGAGCGUAUGAACUGUCCCAUCCGAACCUUCCUGGUCACGGCCCGCAGCGCUGCCAGCUCCGGGGCUCGCGUCCUGAAGACUCUCCGCAGCUGGGGCCUGGAGAUCGACGAGGCUCUCUUCCUGGCCGGGGCUCCUAAAGGGCCCCUGCUGCAAAAAAUAAAACCACACAUCUUCUUUGACGACCAGAUGUUCCACAUUGAUGGGGCCAAAGAAAUGGGAACCAUAUCUGCACACGUCCCCUAUGGGAUCGGACAGAAGUACCACAAGGGGGAACUCAAGCAGCCCGCAAAAAAGUAAUAACCAAAAAAUGCUUAAAAUAUACACUACGUUGUCACCUGCAUAUAAAGAGAUUUGCUCUAAAAUAAAAUAUUGUGUUCAGGAAAAAAAUAUUUAUUAAAAAGAUAACAGUAAUUUCUAGAGGAUUUAAUAAUAAUAAACUUUAUUUAUAGAGCACCUAUCAAAACAAAGUACAAAGUGUUUCAUAGAGAGAGAAAUUAAAUACCACAGUGAAUCAUAAAAUACGUAAAAACCAAUAAAAUAAACAGACAGCUCAAAUAAGAUCAGGAGAUGCUUUCCAAUAAAAACAUGUUUUGAGAAGAGAAGUCGUUCCAGAGCCUCUGGGCCCUGAUGGCUAAAGCUCUGUCCCCCUUAGUUUUCAUCCUGGACUCAGGGGAUUAAAAGUUCUAAAAUAUAAUCUGGAGCCAGGCCAAGAAGAGCAUUAAAAGUAAUCGAUAAGAUCUUAAAAUCAGUCCUAAAACAAAUAGGGAGCCAAUGUAAAGAGGCUAAAACAGGUGUGAUAUGAUCGUACCUCUUGGUCCUGGUUAAAAGCCGAGCAGCUGAGUUCUGUACAGUCUGCAGUCGUUUUUUGAUUAAGACAAGUGAACAGGCUGUUACAAUUAUCAAGGCGUGAGGAGAUAAAAGCAUGUACAACAGUUUCUGCAUCACUGAGAUUUAAAAUAGUAAUAACAUGAUUGGACAAGCUCAGCGAUAUGUUGCUCAAAACAUAAAUUGCUAUCAAAAAGGACACCCAAGAUUUCUUGCAACAGACUUGAUAUGUUGUGACAGAUAGCCAGUACAUGGCAGUAUGUGGGGCCCAAUAACAAUUGGGCAUUACCAAUUUAGGUAAUUAAUUGGUAAUGCAGUCUACAAAGUUUACUUUUUUGGGUUUUAUAGAAUAUUUUCUACUGUUUUCUUUAGUAUAGGGAAUUAUUGAUGAGGGAGGGAAUUUUCUCAAAGCAAGAGUUACAAUAGGUGCCAUACACUAUUUCACUUAAUACUGUUUUGGAAUAGAAACACCAGACUCAUAACCUAUAGGUGCCUUUUUAACCAAACUAUCUGUGUACCUGUUUACCUUUUGAGAGGUUUUUUCCUCAUUUAUAUUGGAGUUUAUUUUCUUUACACUUUUAUACAAUAAACACGUUUAUUUUAUUUAUCUUGUUUUGUUGCUAUUGGUCCUUGGCAUAUUCAGUAUGACCCUGGUGGGAGAAUGUAUCUGCUGUAGUAGUUGUUUUUUCUGCAUAGACUUAAAAAUUGCCAAUUCCAACCAACAAUUUCCAACAUUUUUGGUGUCUGGCAUUAAUUUUGCAUAUUUAAUGGGACGUAUUAAAACAUAUUAAUACCUGCUAUCAGUUUUAAAGGGACAUUUAUCAGGGUAGAAUGUCUAUGGCUUACAGGGAACACUGAUGUUGUCUUUCUUUGUUACUGGCUUUAAACUUAACGCUUUAUAUUUAUCCUCACACUUUUAGACUCAUGUUCUGUGAGUUGUUUACACUUUUACAUUGUAUCUGUAUAUGAGACAGCCCACUGUAACUACACUUUUCUAUCAUGUGAUCGUGUUUUUAUAUAGGACUAACUACAUAUACUGUCUAUGUUUGCAGAUUGCAUUUGAUGUAUUUCAUAUUGCAAAAAUAUGUAAAUUUAUGCAACAUCAUCAAGGACAAAUAAACUCACUUGUUUGUAAUUGUUCAUAUCAUGUCUGGUAACAUUUCAUUUGUGCCAGAUCAAGAGAUGUUUUGCAUUGAUUGUACUCAUGUUGUGGUAACACAAUAAAAUUAUUUUUGCACCA